AUGCCUGAACCAACUAAGGAGAUGUGGAUUGAAAUAGCAAACACAUUUCACACAAAAACAAAUUUUCCUAACUGCCUUGGAGCGAUUGAUGGCAAACAUAUCAGAUGCAAGAACCCCAAAAAUGCUGGAUCUCUAUAUUUUAAUUACAAGAAGUUUUUUUCAAUUGUUUUGAUGGCAGCCGUUGAUGCAAAUCUUAGUUUCAUAGCUAUAGACGUUGGAGCGUAUGGCAAAGAAGGCGAUUCAAAUGUCUUCAGAGAAAGUGCUUUAGGGGUGAAACUCUAUUCACAGCAGCUUAAGCUUCCAGAUCCAGCAAAUUUACCAGAUGACAUUAAUAAUCCACAACCUUUUGUAUUCAUUGGAGAUGAAGCAUUUGCUCUUCAUACCAAUCUUUUAAGGCCAUACCCAGGACGUGGUUUAACUUUAACACGUAAGGUAUUCAAUUACAGACUCUCUCGGGCCAGACGGACCGUAGAAUGCGCUUUUGGAGUUUUAGCGAAUAAGUGGCGUGUCCUACAUACUCCAAUUCAAGUAGAGCCAGAGUUUACAGAUAUAAUUAUUAAAACAUGUUGUAUACUACAUAAUUUUGUUAGAAGAAGGGAUGGUUUUAAUUAUGAAGACAAUAAUGCUGAAACAAAUUCUAUGGAUGAUAUUGUAUCUGUUGGAACAGGAGCUCGAACACAAGGUACACAAGUCAGGGAUUACUUUGCAAAUUAUUUUAUGGGUCCAGGAGCUGUACCAUUUCAAUUUGCAAAUAUAUAA